AUGUCUCUCCCGGACAAGGACGAGGAGCGGAAUCCCAACCACCUACGAAACGACUCGGAAUCACCCUCGAUUCUCUCCUCAAUCGAGCCCAAACAGCCUUUCCCACCGCUCCCCGCCGACGACUUCGCGACAGUCCCUCAAACCGCGCCCAUCAACGACUCGACAGAGGAGGAUGACCAGGACAUCACAUCGCCCUCUCACCCCGACAUUGACGCUGAAGACGACGCGGACUUCCAAUCGCAGUACUCCCUCGAAGACCCGGCCUUCUCGGACGCCUCCACGGACUCGGAAGAGCAGUCCCCGGAAGAUGGCAUCUCCAUGCACCACCCAUUCCGCCAGUCCACCAGCUCCCUUCACGGCCUCAAUGCCUUUGCGCCCCCGUUCUACAAUCGACCUCCAACCCCAUUGCCGCCCUCGCCCUCGCUGACCUCCCUGCUCCGACCCCCUUUUUCCACAACCACCUCGCGACCUACCACGCCUGACAGCUCCGAUGUCGAAACCCCCAAUGACACGGAGGCGGCCGUCGCCAAAUCAGCCCGACGCGCGACAACCGUCCCGCGCGCCAGCCCGAAGGUGCCCACGUACGAAUACUACGGAUUCGUGCUAUACCUGGCCUCAUCACUCGCCUUCCUGAUCUACAUCCUCUGGUCCUACCUCCCGUCCCCCUUCCUGCACCAGCUUGGAAUAUACUACUACCCGAACCGAUGGUGGUCGCUCGCGUUCCCGUCGUGGCUGGUCAUGUCGAUCAUCUACAUCUACGUGGCUCUGGCGUCGUACAACACGGGGUACCUGACGCUGCCGAUGAACAGCAUGGAGAACAUUGUGGACGAGGUGGCGAAUGUGGCGGUCAUCGACGGCAAGGGCCGACGACGCCCCGGGGGGGCAGCCAAGAUGAGACCCGGCGCGACGUCCUACCAGAUCAUGGGGCCGCAGAACCGAAAGGUCAACUGGAAGGAGAUCUGGAAUGAGGGAACCGAUGCGGUACUGGAUGUCCCCGUGGGCGGGGUCUGCGAGGUGCUGUACGGCCAGGAAAGGGAUGACGAUGAAUUGAGUGAGGAGUUGGCUGGGUUGUCAUAGCCUGAGACCAGAUGAAACCCUGAGAUACCCCCUUUGCAGCACGGAAUCUUUCUCCCUUAUCAGACCGCCUCGGAG